UUUGACAGUAAUUUUCUAUAUUUCUGACGUUUCUUUUUCAGUAUAAGCGUCCAUUUUGUAGUUUCCCAUGCAAAACGUGAAUAUAUUGUUUCCGUUAAAGUUUUUUAAAUACUGCGUUGUACUUAAUAAAUAUUAUAAUAAAAAAAAGCAAAUUUAACAACAAUUUAUUUAUAUUAAAUGUCUUUUUGUAUAUGAUUUAUUUGUAUCAUAAUGUCGGACAAUAUUGUUUCUAAGUGUGUACAUAUAUCAGUGUGACGGUAAUUUUUGUUAGAGACUAUCUAUUUGAUAAUUAUAUUAAAUAUGGAGUUUGCACAACCACCCCCGAAUCUAGCAAUGCCACCUCCUAAUUUAACCGUACCUCCGAUGAUGGGUGGAUUUAAUAAUAAUAAUCGACCGCAGUUUCGCCCUUUUAUGAAUUUACAUAAACCUUUACCGGGUCCUUUAGGUAAUAUGACCUUAGAGGAUUUUGAUGGGAAACGUUUAAGAAAAUCCGUUAUGAGAAAAACCGUAGAUUAUAAUUCAGCUAUUAUUAAAGAAUUAGAAAAUCGAGUUUGGCAACGUGAUAGCAGAGAUAGAAGAGCCCUUCAACCUGAUCCUAUGUAUUAUCCCGAUUUAAUGCCUCCUCCUAGUUAUCCCGAUAACCCUAUUAAUUGUGUUACUACUAGAUUUGUUAAAACUGCUACUAAUAAGAUGCGAUGUCCUAUUUUUUGUAUGGCGUGGACUCCGGAAGGUAGAAGACUCGUCACUGGCGCUAGUUCUGGUGAAUUUACUCUAUGGAAUGGAUUGACGUUCAAUUUUGAAACGAUUUUACAGGCGCACGAUAGUCCGGUGAGAACGAUGGUGUGGAGCCACAACGACAGUUGGAUGAUAACCGGUGAUCACGCGGGGUACGUCAAAUAUUGGCAGUCGAAUAUGAACAACGUGAAAAUGUUUCAAGCGCACAAAGAAGCCCUACGUGGAAUAAGCUUCAGCUCAUCGGACAACAAAUUCGUUACGUGUUCGGAUGACGGUACGUUGCGUAUAUGGGACUUUUUCCGCUAUCAAGAAGAAAGGGUUCUACGAGGUCACGGGGCUGACGUCAAAUGCGUCCAUUGGCAUCCGCAAAAAGGUCUCAUCAUAUCCGGUAGCAAAGAUAACCAACAACCGAUAAAAUUAUGGGAUCCGAAAACCGGUCAAUCGCUGGCAACAUUACAUGCGCACAAAUCUACGGUGAUGGAUUUGAAAUGGAACGAAAACGGUAAUUGGUUGAUAACCGCGUCUAGGGAUCAUUUAUUGAAAUUGUUCGACUUACGUAACCUUAGCCAGGAAGUGCAAACGUUCAGGGGACAUAAAAAGGAAGCUUCCAGUGUCGCUUGGCAUCCUGUACACGAAGGAUUAUUCUGUAGCGGAGGAUCGGACGGCGCCAUCAUGUUUUGGCACGUCGGAGCGGAUAAGGAAGUUGGCGCCAUAGAACAAGCUCACGAUAGUAUAGUAUGGACGUUAGCGUGGCAUCCCUUAGGGCAUAUAUUAUGUUCCGGUUCCAACGAUCACACCAGCAAAUUCUGGACGAGGAACCGACCGGGUGAUCAGAUGAGGGAUAAAUAUAAUUUGAAUACACUUCCUGCGGGAAUAGCCGGAUUAGAAGAUAUCGAUAUGGGAGAUGAACCUACUUCCAUAAUACCGGGUAUGGGGCCGGAAGAUAAAGUCGACAUAACCUCAAUUUUGGUAGACGAUACUCAAGCUAUACCCGGUUUGGAUUUGGACGGCGUUAUCAACGAAGAGAAACCCAAACCGAAGAAGGUGCCUUUCAGUAAGCCGAUUCCCCGUAAUUUCCAAGCCCAAUGGAACGAAACCACCGGUGAGAAAUCGAUUUUAGGUUUUUAUAGUCGACGAUUCGAAAUGUUUUUUUUUUGUUUUUCAGAUGAUCCGACCGGGGCUCUUAACGAAGUUAUCAGUCAACUCGUGGAAAAUACGCCGGGAGUGGUACCCUUGCAACAGAUAGCUCCUAACGCCAUUAUCAUAUACGGGAAAUUGAUACCGGUUGAACCCGGUUCCAAAUUGGAACAAGCGAUUUCCGAGGGUCCGGACGCCCUUCAAAAAUUCAUCGAUUCCGGCGAAAUCGAAGAACUUCACGACGUCAUGCCGAUCAUCGACGAAGCGUAUCUGAACGACGAUUACGACGGCGAUACGAAAAAAGAAGAAGAAUCGAAUCCGCCGACGAACAUAGCGGAUAACGACACGAGGAACAAUAUGGGCGAUAUCGAUUUCAGAAACGAUACGGAUUUCAGGAAUUCCUCGUCGGGUCGAAGGGAUUUCGAUAUGAGGAAUCGACAGCUCGAUGAAGAUUUCCGGUUCCGGAACGAAGACGAAGAUUUCAGGAACGCGCCGUUCGGACGAGACGAUAACAGUUUUUCGGAUAAUUUCUACGACGACGGUCCCUCGAAUACAGGAAAUUGGCAACGAAACGGCAACUUCGGAAGAGAUUUCCGACAUGGCGGUCCCCGUCCCAGAUCCCCCUUCCGCCCCAGAUCGCCACCUGGCGGUCACAGACCCAGAUCUCCGUUGGGAGGCCCCCGGAUUCGAUCGCCAUUAAACAGUUCGCGCACCAGAUCCCCUCUAGGGGGUCCCCGAACUAAACCGCCGUUCAAUUCGAACUUCAGAAACAACGAUUUCAGAAAUUUCGACGAUCCGAGGAACUUCGCCCCGAACGACGCCCCCAGGACCUACGACGGCGCCGAUUGGAACGACGAAGAAUCCUUCGACGACAACUGGGAAAAUCGCAGCGAGGACAAUUGGAACGACGCGGAAGGAGACAGAUGGAACGAACAAGAAGAAGACAAUUGGCAAAGCGCGCCCGGUUUCAACAGAAGGGGCGGUCGGAGAGACAACAGAGGCGGAAGGGGCGGGAAAAUCAGGGGUAGCAGAAGAGGCGGGGGGAUAAUUAGAGGCAAGAGAAGAGGUUCGAGGGGACCGCGCGGCGGUAUCAGGAACCUCGGCGGAAAUACUAGAGGUGGACGAUACAAUUAACGUUUCGAAAAUAUGGAAUUUAUCGGUAAUUAAAAAAGUUAAUCUAUUUUGAGCUUAGUUUACAGAUAAAAUCACCGAAAUCAUGAAAUUUUUUUUUCACUCCGUCCUAUCUCAACUGUCAUAAUUGUCACUUGUCACAUUUAUUAGACGUAUGUGAAAUCGACGCUAAUUCUAAGCUAAUUUACGUUAAUUUUUUUUAAUUGCUGAUCGAAGUGAUGUUCUUUUGACCGAUUUGUGAUAAAAACCCUUUUUUUUCGUUUUUAUUCAUUUAGCGUCGAAUCGAUGUGAACGGGAAAAGUGCCGGUGGAACCGCGUAUUUGCUCUGGAACACCCUGUAUAUUUAAAUCGAUGCGUAUAGAUUGUACUUCUUUUUUUUUUGUAAAAUAAAGUGAAAAUCGAUGA